CGCACCUAUCGCCCAGCUAACCUGUAAGCGUUAUGCAUUCCCUGUCUAGCGUGGUCUAGCACCCCGAUUGCCCGAGGUUGCGAGGUCAUACCAGCAAAGGCAGGAGCGUCACACACUGCUUCGUUCCGGUUCCAAUUGAGCCACUACCGCGCGAGCAUUCCUAAGGCUGGCAGCACCUUCUUUUUAACUCUAAUAUUGUAAUCCCAUCGUUCACGUCGAUUUUAAACUCCGGCCGCGCUUUUUUAUUUUUCUUCUUUCUUUUUGCUGUUGCUUUUUUUUCUAAACUUCUUUCAUCAUCAUCGCCGUUCUUCGGUAACAAACUUAAUCUUCGUUGCAGCUCGCUCGCAUCUAACUAGUUACUCACAAUAUCUCGAUCAUUCAUUACAUCAUCACCAUCUUAUGUAUAUGUAUCGACCAAGAGAUCUACCUGCGUAGUGAUUCGGGUAGCUAGCUAUUCGCUAUGGCCGUGUCCCGAGAUACAUACAACCAAAGGUCGCUCGGCCCCUCGCUGCACGCGAAUGUCAAGCAGGCUCGAGUCCUAAUGGUUGGUGCGGGUGGGAUCGGUUGCGAACUGUUAAAAGAUCUCGUCAAAACUGGAUUUGGUGUGAUUCACAUCGUCGACCUCGACACGAUCGAUUUAAGCAAUCUGAACCGACAGUUCCUCUUUCGACAAGAGCAUAUUGGCAAAUCGAAAGCCUUGGUCGCCAAGGAGAUAGCGUCGGCAUUCAACCCCCAAGUCGAGAUUGUCGCGCACCAUGGCAACAUCAAAGAUGCACAAUUUCACGCCGAAUGGUUCCGAGGUUUCAAACUGGUAUUCAAUGCGCUGGAUAACCUCGAGGCGCGACGACACGUGAACCGAAUGUGCCUGGCAGCCGACGUCCCCCUAAUUGAGAGUGGAACGACUGGUUUCAACGGUCAGGUCCAAGUCAUUAAGAAGGGUGUUACGGCCUGUUAUGAUUGCACCACCAAGGAGACGCCCAAGACUUUCCCUGUAUGCACGAUCCGAAGUACACCUAGCCAACCUAUUCAUUGCAUAGUCUGGAGCAAAAGCUACCUUCUGAACGAAAUAUUCGGUACGAGCGAGGAUCAGGCUACUCUAGAUGUUUCCGAGAACGAAGAUAAUGCGAGUGAAAUUGCUGAACUUAAGAAAGAGGCUGAAGCGCUGAGAAAGAUAAGGGAAUCAGUUGGAACAGAACAAUUUGCGCAGAUGCUAUUUGACAAGGUCUUCAAUGCGGAUAUUGCUCGCUUACGUUCUAUGAAGGAUAUGUGGAAGUCGAGAGCACCACCUAAGCCUCUUGAAUACAAAGCGUUGCUGGCCCAAGCGUCCAACGCCCUUGCAUCGAAGGACGAGGUCCUUAGAGACGGGCAGCGAAUAUGGAGUUUAGAAGAGAACCUAGUGGUUUUCAAUGACAGUCUAGACCGCCUAAGUAAGCGUAUGUUGAAGCUGACAGCUGCGCGAGGGGAGGAUAUGCCCAAACCUACUAUCACAUUUGACAAAGACGAUGAUGACACACUUGACUUUGUCGCUGCAAGUGCAAACAUUCGAUCCCAUAUCUUUGGAAUUGAAGACAAAUCCCGUUUCGAUAUUAAGCAAAUGGCUGGCAAUAUUAUACCGGCUAUUGCAACCACUAAUGCAAUCGUAGCUGGGCUUUGUGUUCUCCAGGCCUUCAAAGUUCUCCGAGGAGAAUAUGACAAAGCACGAGAGGUCUUCUUGACGCCAUUCGCGCCCCAAAGAUUACUAGGAGUGGAUAGCCCUCGACCUCCAAACCCAACUUGCCCUGUCUGUAGUGCCUACAAUACUAGCGUGUCUAUUGAUCUAUCAAGAGCUACGCUUAAAGAUCUGGUAGAUGAUAUUGUUAAGUUACGGUUGGGUUACGGCGAAAAGGAGUUCGCGGUUAACAGCAGUGCUGGUCUACUUUACGACCCGGACGAGACGGAAAAUCUUGAUAAGCACCUUGAUGAACUUGGUAUCAAGCACAACGACUUCGUAACAAUUGUUGAUGAAGAUGAUGAAGACCCUUUUAUUAACGUCGUUAUCAACAUCCAAGAAGCCACACUUCCCGAUAAGCCUAUUCAAGGCCUCGAGACUAGUCAAGUGCCAACCAUCCCUCGCAAGCCGAAGAAACAACUCCCCGUAGAGAGCAAUGGCAACGGAGUUAGCCAGAUCAACGGCAAACGUGCUAUCGACGGGGAACCGCCAGCCAAGGACCCUAAGAAACGUCUUAGAACAGAUGAUGACGGCCCAAUUCCAGCAGCCAAGAAGUCGAAGAACGACGAUAUAGUUAUUAUUGAUGACGAUGUUGGCACCGGAGCCAUCGAGAUCAUUGAUGAUUGACCGAUUGACGAGUUUGUAUUGCACCAAUCGAACUUCACAGACUUCACGUUGCGCUUAAACCCCCAUCGAUAUUGAGGACGCAAUUGUGUGCGUAGCUAUUUUUUGCUAGGAAUAAUGCGGCGUCUGCGACUUCGUCGACCAAACCUAGACGUCCCAUGGGGAUCAAAGUAGAGAGCUCGCCGUUCUUGUCCAUGCCUACAUCGAACUCUGUAUAUUAGUAAUUGUGUACUUUGUAGGAAGGGGAACGGAGUGGUUCGCUGGUUAGGAGUAAGUUUUAGGACGGAUAGGGAAAAAAACGAAACGCCAUAGGGGGGGGGGGGGGGGGUAAGAUAUCAUUACCUUCGGUCAUCUCGGUCUGGAUAU